GGUUCACAUAAGAUAUCGAGGAGCGGGGAGGAGAGAAUUUUCGAGAUAGUCUGAGCGAUAUUGUGUUCGAUCUGCCUCUUGUUCACGAUGUCAUACUCCAAAAGAUCAAGGUAUUCUCGCUCACCUUCCCCAUAUAGAAGAUAUGGUAGGUCAAUGUCAAGGUCUUUGUCAAGUCCAAGGUCAAGGAGCAGGUCAAGGAGUCGUGAAUCAAGUGAGGUUGAAAAUCCAGGAAACAACUUGUAUGUUACAGGAUUGUCAACUCGGGUCACCAAGCGGGAACUUGAGAAGCAUUUCGCAAGUGAGGGAUCGGUGGCGGAUGUUCACCUUGUGACUGAUCCAUGGACAAGGGAAUCACGAGGAUUUGGUUUUGUGACAAUGUCAACUGUUGGGGAGGCCAAUCGCUGCAUUAAGUACUUGGACCGCUCUGUACUUGAAGGCCGUGUGAUCACAGUGGAGAAGGCCAGGAGGAGGAGAGGGCGAACACCUACUCCAGGGAAGUAUCUUGGUCUGAGAACAGUCCGCGUGCGGCGUCGGUCCCCGAGCUAUUCUCCUUAUCAUAGGAGCCGUUCCUCCAGAUAUUCAUCUGAACGAGACAGGAGCCGGAGCAGAUCAUACUCCCCUUACUAUGGCCGUGGGCGGAGGUCAUACUCACGAUCUCACUCACCAUACAGCAGAUCACCUGUUGGCAGGCGGAAUGGCUCCUACUCUCCUUAUGACAACAGGUAUUACUCACCAGAUGUUGGCUAUGAUAGAAGGCGGCAUUACCGAUCCAUCUCUCGCAGCCUUUCCCCACGUGAAAGGAGGCGCUUAAGGAGUUAUUCCCCACGUGAAAGGAGGCGCUUAAGGAGUUGUUCCCCAAGUGUCUCCCCCAGGCCAAGGAGGAGUUCAAGGAGGAGUUCCUCUCGCAGCAUUUCGCCAAGGCCAAGGAGAACGUCUAGGAGGAGCUAUUCUCGCAGCAUUUCACCUCGACCUAGGAGAUUGAAAAGGAGCCCAUACCGAGAAGCUUACUCAGGCAGCAGCGUAAGCGCCAGUUCCAGAUCGGUAUCAAGGUCUCUCACUCCUGGGUCAGCUUCACCAUGAGCAUGAAGUAUAUGCAUAGUUAUGAUUUUCAAGUCUCUUGGGCUUUGGUACAGACUUAGUGUAUAUGGUGUCAUAGUUUCAGACCAUGAGCAUAUGAGUAUGAUUUACUGUUGACUUUAUUAAGCCAUGGUUUCAGUUUGCUCUUUGCUGCUUAUCAAGUUAUUGAGUAGAUGUCUCAGACCUAUUGUGCCAUUAAUUAUUACUCUGCGAUUUUGAAUAUCUGAUGGGUUAAUAUAAUAGAUAAGGUCAUGUUUGGUUUUUA